AUGAACUCCAAACCAGAAAAAAUUCGACCCGAGACCCUUGAACACUCGAUCAUCGUCUCGGCUCUCAUGCACGUUAUCAACGGCUGUGAUGGUGAUGAUCCCACCACCACCGCUCUACUACAUGCCCUCCAGAGUUCCUCAAGUGGGACCAAUAUUUUCCUGCCAAAUAAUGAAGAAGAGAAGGAAAAGAGCAAGAAGAGGUACAGGGGAGUCCGGCAGAGGCCGUGGGGGAAGUGGGCUUCGGAGAUACGAGACCCCCGGCGAGCAAAGCGGGUGUGGCUGGGCACGUUCGAAACGGGAGAGGCGGCGGCGAGGGCUUACGACAACGCUGCCAUUGAGUUCCGCGGAGCCAGAGCCAAGCUCAACUUCCCAUUGUCAGAUUAUAAUAGAGAGGGAUCAAACUCGGAACAAAACCGAGAAAAUCAAGAGCUUAAUCCCAAUGCAAUUGACAAGGCACAAAGCUCACAGUACGGCAACAAGGAAGAGCUCAGGCCCAACUCAUUGGAGACGAAGAGUAGUGAGACAGAGACAAAAUCCUCUACGGAAAAGCCCUCCUCUUCUUCUCAUUUGACCCGAGAACAAGAACACUCCAUCAUCGUCUCGGCUCUCACGCACGUGAUCAGCGGCUGUGAUGGUGAUGAUCCCUCCACCGAUCUACUGCAAGCCCUCCACCAGCCUUCCGGAAGUGGCGGCACCAACUUCUUCCCGCCAAAUAAUGAAGAGGAGAAAAAACAGAAAAGUGAGAGCAAGAAGAAGUACAGGGGAGUCCGGCAGAGGCCGUGGGGGAAGUGGGCUUCGGAGAUCCGAGACCCGAAGCGAGCAACCCGGGUGUGGCUUGGCACGUUCGAUACAGGGGAGGAGGCGGCGAGGGCUUACGACAAGGCUGCCAUUGAGUUCCGCGGAGCAAGCAGAGCCAAGAUUAACUUCCCAUUGUCAGAUUAUUAUACAGACGGAUCAAACUCAAACUCGGAACCGAACCGAGAAAAUGAAGACAGGGAGACGCCACAAAGCUCACAGUCCGGCAACAAUGAAGCGCUCAGACCAAACUCGUUGGAGAUGAAGAGUAGUAGUGAGACAGAGACAAGUAUGGAAGAGUGUGAAGAGUUUUGGAAAGACCUUCCUCCACUAUAG